CUAUAUUUCCACACCAACCUCUCAAUUAGAUGCUUAUCUCUUAGGAAAGGGUUUUAAAUUAGUGAAAUUGGUGGGUGGGUUUUAGCAACAAUAAGGUCAUAAUCAAGGAGAAAAAACAUAUUCUUUUGAAGAGAAUUUUUUUUUAAAAACUUUUAGUUUGUUUGAUUUCUAUGUUCAAUUACUUCUUGUCUUUGAUUUGAUUAGAUGAGUUGAGGUGGUGAAUAGAGAAAAGAUCCAUGGAUUAAGAAGGUUGCAUGAAAGAUGAUGAUGAUUUAGAAGGGAGAUCAAGGAAAAAAAAAAAGGGAAAAAAGAAGGUUCACUGUAGAAAUUAAUGGAAUUAAGAGGUCAACAAGACAAGCAAGUAGGGAUGCCAAGCUCCUUCGGUUAUAAUCCUCUUCUUCGAGAAUCAUCUGCGAAAGUGUCUUCUUCCUCAAUAGGAACAGCAGCAGCAGGAGGAGGUGGAGGUGAUGAAAGAAGAAGAGAUGGGACUGGGAAUGGAAUUGCAGUUCUCAACCCAUCGUCUCAAACCCUAGAUCACCAUCACGAGCUACAUCCGCAUCAUCAUCAACUACAAUUAGACCCAGAUCCAAUUCCUGUGGCAAUCGUUGUUGGUGGUUCAACUAGUUUAGCAGCAGUUGCAGGUGGAUCGAACUCAGCAAGAACACCACCAACCCCUAAGAGCUCCGUAAUCGUCCGUUAUCGGGAAUGCCUCAAGAACCACGCAGCGACCGUUGGUGGCCAUGUUGUCGAUGGUUGCGGCGAAUUUAUGCCGAGCGGCGAGGAAGGGACUUCGGAGGUCUUAAAAUGUGCAGCGUGCGCCUGCCACCGUAACUUCCACCGGAAAGAAGUAGAAGGAGAGCCCAGAUCGAGCACCGCCGCGGCCACCAAUAGUUAUUACUGCUACGACUCAGGUCACAAGAACAGCUAUAACACCAGAAUCUCUUCACCUCCUAUCCCUCCUACUCAUACUCAUCCACCUCAUCAUCAUCAUCAUCAUCAUCAUCAUCCUCAACUGGUUCCCCCGAACCAGAAAUUCCAUCUGGGACUGCCCACCAGUCCAUCUAUGGGUUCCAUCCCGCCGCCCAUGAUGAUGGGUUACGGUGGUGGUUGUGGCGGAGCAGGGGCGACGGAGUCAUCAAGCGAGGAUCUCAAUGUUUACAAGUCCAAUGGUGGGGGGAUUUCUUCUUCGCAGCCAACACCAUCGUUCGCCCUUUCGAAGAAGCGGUACCGGACGAAGUUCACGCAGCAUCAGAAAGAUAGGAUGCUUGAGUUCGCUGAGAAGUUGGGAUGGAAGAUUCAGAAGCAGGAUGAGUUGGAGGUUCAGCAGUUUUGUGAAGAGGUUGGUGUGAAGAGACAAGUUCUUAAGGUUUGGAUGCACAAUAACAAGAAUUCCAUGAAGAAGAAGCAAUCAUAAAGAGGAAAUGC